GAGUGCCGCGCGUUCUCUCCCGACGGCACAGACAUCGCCUCUGAGUUUGAUCGAAGAUCGGCCGAGAUCGAAAUCAAACAGGAGAUGCACUCACAACACCCCCUGUCAGCCUCGGCUCUGCACAAUACCAUGGGUAAGGAAUGGGCCGUACCACACACACUGUACACUUUUGCCAGCAUGGCUAAUGACACUGGAUAG